AUGGCGGACACAGCUGGACAGGAGCACACCCUUUCGGCCACCUCGCAGAAGAGUCAUGCGGGGAGUAGCACGCUCCAGCGAAUGGCAUCCCAAGGGGCUGUUUCAAAUGUUAUGGGGCGCACAGAAAGGGCCUUGCGAAUGGCUCUUGGAGGGGCACUGAUCAUGGCACUGACUAUGUGUGACAUCCCUACGAUGGACUAUUCUUUUAAAUAUAUUGGCCCGUUCUUGUUCUUUGUUGUUGGCACAUUGGCGCCCCCCAUGCUCAGCUCCGCGGUGAUUCUUCUUCUAUCGGGUCUUUUUUGUAUCCUCGUGGCUUGUGCAGUGGCAACCGCGCUGCUGUCUUGCUUGCUAGUGGAAAGCGGUGGACAGGCGCUUUGCGCUGUGUUCUAUGCUCUCUGUGUCAUUUGGUCGUCAUUCCUAGCAAUCAGUAAAACCAAGGAAAUGACUCUUAUUGGUUCGUAUAUAAUGCUGUAUGCAGUCCCUCUGGCAACAUUCAUCGCAUAUCCUUACGCUUCCGGAGGCAUAAGUGUAGAGGUCACGCCGGAGAGGUAUGCUGCGCUUAAAGAAUUUGUUACAAGUAGCAGCAUGGAAGAAAUUAAGGAAGCAUUCUCCCAAUUCUUCUUGCUUUCUCCAGAUAAAGCCGCAGCACUUCUUGACAAACUAACAAGCCAGGAACUUAUCAAUUCGAUUCUACAGUCUUUGCCCAAAAGCCUUAAGGCCGUUCUUGCAGCUUCCGCAGGAACUGCCUCACUUGACCGAAAAACGGUUUUGACUACGCUCUUUCUACUUGCCGAGAAAGUACCAGCUGGAAAGCACGUCACAUUGGAGAUGAAACUGCCUAGGGACGCAGGCUCUUUUGAUCUGCAAGACUGGAUGUACGAAGUGCCACUGUUCGUCGACGGUGUCAGUGGACAAAGUGUUGUCAUUGGUGCUCGCCCGGGAACAUGGUUCAUUAACGCACUAUGGGUUGCCUCUGGACCCAUUGGAAUCCUACGAAACCUUAUUAUUUUUGCAUUCCUAGGCUUUGCUGUCUAUCUACUGGUUAUGCUGGUGCCUCCAAUUCGUAGGCAACGGGAUGUUGCACUAAGGGAGAUGUCAAGUGCCUGCAGCACCAUCCGCAAGUGCCUGUGUACAGUUCAGGAGGAUCUCAUGGAAGCAAGCACUUCAGCAGAUGAAGGACGAGGCAGCUCCAGCAGCAGUGCUGAUGGCAAAAAGGAAUGCGAUGCUGCGGGAAAAGGGGGCGAAGCGCCUUCGGACGUAAAAACAAGCACCUCCAGAACACGAGUUUUUGAUGAGAUGAAUAAUGCUAUACUUGGCCUCCUUGAGAUUGAGAAGGCCGUCUUGCUGUCCGGCAUGGAGCCGUUCGUGUUGUACCCCGGCAUUGGUGUGUGGACAAUGAAGGAGUUGAACGAAGUUCGAAAGCGGCUAAUCCAGUGUUGUAUCGAGACCCAACAUAUGGUUCAACUUUUCUAUUGCUCAAGAGGGGGGAAACACAUGGGCAGCAUAAGCGCUUCUCAUCCCGAACUGGCGUCCAUCGGGAAUUCCUUAUUAUCCAAGUGUGUGCGCAUAUACGAGUUCUGCGAAGCCUUGUUAACCACAUUCCCGUGUAUUUUUUCUCCGUCGCGAAGCAGAAAGCAUGCUGCUGAGCUGAUGGAUCAGAUGCAGUCCUUGGAGGCAGAAAUGUGUUCCCUAGCCCAGGCGGUAUUUCGACCGUCAGAAGCAGACACAGAAAGGGCUCUUGUAGAGCUGGAAGAUGGUGGCACCACGAAGUGUAACUUGGGCGUGAGCGAACCAGAAGCAGCUGGAAAUCGCCUAUGUCGCAGGGGAUCUUUUGAACGAGCCAUGAAGCUUCUUCCCAUGGGACUAUCAGUCACCGCAUUUGUUCAGGCUGGCUAUUCUGAACCUGUGAAGCUGAGUCACUCUAUUUGUGCGUUGAGCAAGGCGCAGCAGGUUAACACGUGGUGCGGCCUUCUAAUGAACCUUAUUUUCCCGUUCGUGUCAGUUGUGGUUCAUAUUAGCCGACUAGUGAUUGCGCCAUUGUCGGCUCUGGCAUUUUGGAGGCUACAGUGGAAAGGGCCACGCGCUUGGUGGAAGCAUCCAGAGACGUGGUAUGCUGUUAAGCUGGUUAUUCCUCUCAUAUGCAUAUACAUCCUUGGUAUAUACUGCAAGGAACUUCGUGAUUACUCUUGGGGAGUUGAUGUUACAGAUAAUCCCAUAAUUUUGGACUUCUCAGACCAGGGUACCCCUACAAGGAUGGUUCCAUGGUUCUUACUAGGUUACCUCACUGUGCUGCAGACAACAUAUAGUGGCACCGUACAUCGCGGCCUUAACCGCACGAUCGGCAUCCUCCUAGGUGCUUUUUGUGGGUGGGUUGGGUUAAAAUGGACCGCUUCAAAUGUCGCCGGCCUCAUUGCCUUUUGCUCAGUAACGGUUUUUAUUGAUAUUUUUGUUUUCGCCGACUCGAACCAUCCGCUGGACGGGUUCCACAAGAAAUGGGGGUAUGCGGGUAUCGUUUUCACAUACACGCAAAGUCUCAUUGUCACUUUGGCUACGGAAGACUUGGGAGGGAUGACAGGUGGCGGGGAUUAUCUGGUCGUCACACGCAUCCUGAGUAAUCUCAUGGGGAUCUUACUGGCGCUUAUAAUAUCACAUUUGCCGCCGUCAGCGAGCGCUGCCAAAUGCUCAUGUAAUGAGUACUCCCAAAUUAUGCACAGCUGCACAAGGGAGGUUAGCAACUUGGUGUACUCCUUCCUCUACGUAUGCGGCGCCUCAAGAGAUGAGCAUGACGGUAGUGUUACUUCGUGCGUGUGCUGCACUGCGGUCUUUAUGUACAGUGAGCACGAGAAGGUCGGCGCGGUGGCUAAGUGUCUGGAGUCUGAAGUGAAUGAGAUGCUGAGCUCUGCCUCACGGCUUUUGAAGGAAGGCAGACACGUUCCCCUUCUAAAGAUGUGGCAGAUGGAUCCGAGCAUUGCUAGAGUCCAUGUGGCCGUCCAAUCCAUAGUACUUGAGUCCCAAGCUGCAGCGCAACUUGUCUCAGACAUGCUCGACGACCUCAUGGAAACUACACAGACUAGAGCGGUAGAACCAAAAGAGCUGGAAUCCAUGCAAUUGGCGAGCUUACCGUCAAAAGUUGAGUCACCUGAUGGUACAUUUUCAUAUACAAGGAGCUGGAGCCUGCCCUUAAUGCAGCGCGGCAAUUGCUUGGCAGUUCAGCAGCUGUUUGGGGCUACCCAGGGCAAAGAAUUGAAAGAAGCCCUGCGCGCCACGUGUGACUCGCUGAGGACCCUGGCUGCAGCUUGUAGUGCGCAGCUCUGCUCGGCUUACCCUUCAUUUGAGGGCAAACUGAUGUCCUUCCAGGGAGGUUACGCCCGGCAGAGCGACAGCCUCGGUGGCCCUGAAAAUGCUUAUGAGAGCUGUCUGAUGGCGGUGGACAACAAUGCACAUCAGGUGACAGUCGCGCUGGUAGCGUGUCUGGGGGAACACUGCACUGCUCACCCUGACAGCCUGGCUUCUCGGACGGCCUCAGCUUUUGUGAUUAUGCGAUUGAUGUAUCAUCUGCAAAGCAUCAAAUCAAGCCUCAAUGCGGUUCAUGAAGCAGCGAUUAAAGGACCCCAGGGAACUAGGUGCCAACACUUUGCACUGCAUCAUGUGCGUACGCAGAAGUAG